GCAGUUCCGCUUCCUCCAACGUCCCGGAACCUGCCUUGUUGUGACUGCCGGCCUCAGAGUUUUGCCGGUCUCCUCCUCCUCCUCAGACGCCGCCGCCGCCGCCGCGCUCGGGCGGGCGGAGGCGAGCGAUGAAGCCCAGCCAGCGCAGCUGAAGCCGCCGAGGGAAGAAGGCCUUGCUGGGGGCGGCGGCGGCGCCUCCUAUAUGGGCCACUUUCUCUCGCGGAAGGGAACCAGCCAGACCGCGGAUAGGAGCCGCCGCCGCUGCCGCCGCCCCCUGAGGGGGAAAGGGCCUCCGCCGCCGCCUCCUCUUCCUCCUCCUCCGCCGCCUCGGGACCGGAGCUGCUUCCUGCGCGGGCCCUGCAUGCUCUGCUUCCUGGUGCACAGCGCCAGCCCGCCCGCCGCCUCCUCCGAGGAACCGCCGCCUCCUCCUCCUCCUGCUGCUCCGCUUCUCUACGCGGCUCUGAAGGCGCCCGAGGACCGCGCCGCCCGCCGCCUGCUGCGCUUCUCCUGCCGCCGCCUGCUGCUUUCCGGCCUCCUCUUCUCCUCUCCUCCUCCGCCGCCUUCCGCGCGGAGAGCGGGGCCUGCGCUGGAGAGCAGCGAGGCCCCCCCGGAGAUGGUGUGCAAGCGCAAGGGCGUCCGGCUGCUCCCCUGCCCGCCCCGAAAGCAGCCCCGCUGCGCCGCCGCCGCCAUCCCAGCGACAGGGGCCGGGAGCCCCGCUUCGACGCCGCCGCCGCCGCCCGAGGUUUCUGCCGCCGCUGCUGCUUCUGCUUCGCUGCCCGAGCAGCACCUGUGCCCGCUGCCCUGCGCCUCGGACCGCGCCCGGGGAGGCUCGCCGCUGAAGGACCCCGCCGUCGGCGAGAACGGGGACGAUGGGGAAGGGCUGGCGGAGGCGGCGCCGCCCGCGGGCUCCCCAUCUCAGCUACCCGAACUGGACGGGAGGGAGAAGGGCGAGGCCCGCGAGCCGGACUGCGAGGAGCCCCCCGAGAACCCCGGGGACUGCUGCCGGGAGCCGCAGCCCCCCUCGCCCGACAUCAACCAGCUGCCGCCCUCCAUCCUCCUCAAGAUAUUUUCCAACUUAUCUUUGAAUGAGCGAUGUCUUUCAGCAUCGUUGGUUUGUAAAUAUUGGCGUGACCUCUGUUUAGAUUUCCAGUUUUGGAAGCAAUUGGACCUCAGUAGUCGUCAGCAGGUCACCGAUGAAUUACUGGAAAGAAUUGCAUCAAGAAGCCAGAAUAUAACUGAAAUCAAUAUUUCAGAUUGCCGUAAUGUAUCGGAUACAGGAGUAUGUAUAUUAGCAUCUAAAUGUCCUGGACUUCUAAGAUAUACUGCUUAUAGAUGUAAACAGCUGUCUGAUACAUCUAUAAUUGCAGUGGCUUCACAGUGUCCUCAACUGCAGAAAGUACACGUAGGCAACCAGGAUCGGCUCACUGAUGAAGGACUCAAGCAGCUUGGAUCAGAGUGCAGAGAACUGAAAGAUAUUCAUUUUGGCCAGUGUUACAAGAUCUCAGAUGAAGGAAUGAUAAUUAUAGCUAAAGGAUGCCUCAAGUUACAGAGAAUAUACAUGCAGGAAAACAAAUUAGUGACAGAUCAGUCGGUUAAAGCAUUUGCUGAACAUUGUCCAGAGUUGCAGUAUGUUGGGUUCAUGGGCUGUUCUGUUACAUCUAAAGGAGUCAUACACCUUACCAAUCUAAGAAACCUUUCCAGCUUGGAUCUACGUCAUAUCACAGAACUGGAUAAUGAAACAGUGAUGGAAAUAGUAAAGAGAUGCAAAAACCUUACCUCCCUCAAUCUGUGUCUGAACUGGAUUAUAAAUGACAGAUGUGUAGAAGUCAUUGCUAAAGAAGGACAGAACUUGAAAGAACUUUAUUUGGUGUCCUGUAAGAUCACAGACUAUGCACUGAUAGCCAUUGGUCGAUACAGUAUGACAAUAGAGACUGUGGAUGUAGGAUGGUGCAAAGAAAUCACAGAUCAGGGAGCCACCCAAAUUGCUCAAAGUAGCAAGUCGCUCAGAUACUUGGGACUAAUGCGAUGUGAUAAGGUGAAUGAAGUGACUGUGGAACAACUAGUGCAGCAGCAUCCGCACAUCACUUUCAGUACUGUACUACAAGACUGCAAGAGAACUUUGGAACGGGCUUAUCAGAUGGGCUGGACACCCAAUAUGUCAACUGCCUCUUAAUUCAUGAUGUGAUAGUCAAAUAGUUGGCAGAUUUAGGCUGAACAUUUGAACACUGUUAAGUUUUUUAUGAAUAUUUUUGCUUUAUAUUAAAUAUAUGUUAAGCUUUUAAUAUUGAAUAUACAUAUACAUACAUAUAUGUAUGUAUUGUUCAAUGUAGUGGGGAAUGUCUAUUCUGUCUUUUCGUGGAAAUAUUGAAAGAGAAACCUGUCAGAUAUAUUUAAUUUUUUGGAAAGUUUAUUUGUCAACCUAAACAACUGCAAGUUGAGUAAAAUAUUGCAGAGGGUUUGCAACUUUUUCUGAUGCAACAUACCAGUAACUGUAAGUUUACAUAAAAUAGAAACACUAUUUGGAUUUGUGUGGUUUUUUCCAACUACAAGUUCAGGAUAGAAACAACUCUUUAAAGAUGCAUUGUAAGAUAUUUGUAUACAUAAAUCUGAUGUUUAAAAACCUUUUGGCAAAUUUAUUGAAGUGGGUUUCUGCUAGUUCUGUGGGUAGUUUCAGCAAUGUAAUAACACAUUACACUUUUUCCUUUCAUGUUUUUUUCCUUAUUUUUGCUGCUCAUAUUUCCUUUCAGAUAGGAAGUGUUGAUUCCUUUCCUGGACUCACUUAAAUUGGAGACUAAUCUUAAAUUGAUGCUACCCACAUUUGUGUGUUUGAGCUGCCCAGUUGUGAUAAUUCACAGAUAACUGUGAUGCAAGAAUAUAACAUUUUGAUGACAAAUCUUUAUUUUGGAUGGAAUCUUUAAUAAAUGCUGGACUCAUGUGGAAUGGAUAUUUAAGCAGAUGAUCCUGCUGGUUUCUGUUGGUGCUGCCAAAGUGAUGUUUUUGCCCUGCAUCUAGUUCUCAGUAUCUUGUGAAUGCAUGUUAUUUUGAGACAGGCUUCUAUAGCAGUUAUUCCCUGCAGAAUGUGCCCUUCAUUUGGUUUCUCCAUGCUUGUGCCUUCCAGUUUCCCACAAUGUUUUCAUUUUUAACAAUGUUCACUAGGCAAAUCUUUAAAACAUAAAGAUAAAUCACCAAUUCAGAGGUAAAACUUCAGUUUUUCCCACUCUGUGAAAGAACUGUGGUGAGCCUUGGUCUGUACAAUAUCUGGUUCCAGUUUUAGACAAACCAUAGCUCCUCAUUGCACCUGAACUCAGAGAACUGUGGUUAGUUAAAACCACAGUUAGUUCAGACGAUCCAGAAUCAAACUGUGGUUCCUGAUGCUGACGUGAUCAUUCACUGUAGUUUAAAAGAAGCCACCUUCCCCCAUGUUUGGAUGUAAUGAAGAACUAUGGUUUGUUUAAAUGCAGGUGCUAGGGGAAAACACAUGAACCCAGAACUUAAAAUGGCUUGUGCAAAAAAAUCCAGUUUCCUGUUACGUUCAAACUUGCCAGGUUACAUAUUGGGGCAUGUCCCAAGUGACCCAUGCAGAAGUGGAAGGCAUUUUUCCUCCUUUAUGGCAGGCGGUUUCUCUCCAAUCCCUUUCCCUAGGCUGUAUGCCACAUCCUAUAUCAAUCCCAUGUUUUUUCAGGGUGGAUGGAAGCUGCAGUGGGAAGGGGUAUGAGAGCCCCCAGUCUGUGUUUAAAACGUUGUGCAUGGUUCUUCGAUCCAUGCCUUUGCAGAUAUACAGCUUAGUGGAUUCAUAAUGUUUCCUCCUUCUGCGCAACCACAUGUAAAGAUCACACUGAGAAAGUUUAGUGUGAACUCAAGUAUAUGUACAAUGCACCUUUAUUUGCUCCGCUGUAGUUUUCCAGACCCACAGACAUGGUUCCUGGUUCAGCAUGUGCACAGCCAUGUGUUUAAACUAAUCUUUCUCUGUGCAGUCAUGUAUCUGGAUUCAGUUUCACCUGGAGAAAUGUGCCCCUGUAAACUGACCUAAUAACAAAGUUAUCUAAGACAGGUAUCCUUAUAUGCACUUACUUGAAAGUAACUUCCAUUGAACACGGUGGGACUUCCUUCUGAAUAGGCAUGUGUAGUAUUGCGCCUUACACUUCUGCCAUCGCUGGUUAGUAAAUACUGAAUUAGAACAAAUGAAUUAUGGUUUUUAUUGUUAAGCAAAUUAAAGACCCAGUCCUGAAAGUGCCCGGUUCCAGGGUAUAAUUUUCCGGUGCCCAACUGUUCUGCCAUACCUGAAGUUGCCACAGUGCAAAUCGUUUGGAAUCCAAAACAGGUUUAUAUGUGCAGAGAAUG